AUGUUACAAGCCUCUUCUUCUAGUGCUGCAUCCUCAUCAUCGGAAUCAUCAUCAACCAUUGAUCAUCAUCAGCCUCUUCAAAACAACAACAACAACUCAUCAGAAUAUCCAAUUAUAACCAUAACCAUUCGAUUGAUCAAAUCAUUUGCAUAUCGAAAUAUUAAAUUAAUGAUUCUCAAAGAUAUUAAUUCCGAACAACUCACUGGAAGAGAUUUAUUAAAUUUAAUUAAAGAUAAAGUUGAAAAGGAAAGUGCAUAUCUUCCACACCGUAAUAGACCCUAUGACACUUUAAAGAUGUAUCAUCAUGCUCAUUCUUUUAAAGCUAAUAAUUUAGUGAUUAAUUUUCAAGACGAUGACAAAUUAGUAUUAAAUUUAGAUAAAACAUUAAAAGAAAAUGGAGUAGAUAAUGAAGCUGAAAUUUCAUGUUUCAUUUGGAAAGAAUAUUUAGAAUUUAAACAUAAUCCAGAAAUUAAAUGGUAA